AUGGCGGGAAUUAUUGGCGGUAUGGAACCAUUUGAGGAAUCCGGUGAACAAUGGGCAACGUAUAUUGAGCGUUUUGAGAAUUAUAUCCUGGCUAAUGAGAUCAGGGAUGCUAAGAAGGUGCCGGUUCUAUUGAGUGUGAUAGGGCCAAAGACCUACGGAUUAUUGCGCAGUCUGAUUGCUGCAGAUAAGCCUGGGGAGAAGACGUAUGAUGACAUUAUCUCACCAGUGGAGCAUAGUGACUGGGCCACACCCAUAGUUCCUGUCAACAAGAAGGAUGGCACGGUGAGACUUUGUGGUGAUUUCAAAGUCACCCUCAACCAAGCACUCUGUGUGGACAAGUAUCCUAUUCCACGCAUUGAGGAUCUCUUUGCAUCGCUAGCUGGAUGUCAACGCUUCAGUAAACUGGACUUGUCAAACGCAUACCUACAGAUGGAAGUAGUGGAGGAGUCGAGGAAGCUACUGACUAUUUCCACACAAAAAGGACUUUUCUGCCACAACCGCUUCCCCUUCGGUAUUGCGUCGGCACCAGCGUUGUUCCAGAAGGCUAUGGAUCAAGUGCUCGUUGGAUUGCCAUUCACGCACUGUUAUCUCGAUGACAUUCUGGUUAGUGGGCCAGAUGAAGAGACCCACCUGAAAGCCCUGGACGACGUUCUCACGAGACUGGAGGAGUAUGAUCUCCAUGUCAAAAAGGAUAAGUGCAUGUUUUUCCAGGAGUCAGUAGAGUAUCUAGGUCAUAUCAUCGAUGCUGCCGGGCUCCACAAGUCGCCCGAGAAGGAACGCGCUGUUGUGGAGGCACCGGCACCCACCAACGUUAGCCAACUACGCUCGCUCCUCGGAAUGAUAAACUACUAUGGACGUUUCAUCCCGGACCUGGCAACCAUCCUGCAACCACUGAACUCACUGCUGCACAAAGGGAAGAAAUGGCAGGGGACUACAGCUUGUGAGGCAGCGUUCCGAAAAGUGAAAGAGCUCAUGGUAUCUCAGAAGGUGCUAACCCACUACAACCCUGAGCUGCCCCUCCGUCUAGCCUGUGAUGCUUCACCCUAUGGGGUAGGGGCUGUACUCUCUCACGUCAUGCCUGAUGGUGUAGAGAAACCUAUCGCUUAUGCGUCAAGAACACUCAGCAAAGCAGAGCAGAACUACGCCCAGAUUGAGCGAGAGGCGCUGGGGAUAGUCUUUGGCAUACGUAAGUUUCACCAGUAUCUCUAUGGUAACAAGUUCACUCUACUCACAGACCAUCGCCCGCUGACCUGGGGCACACGAGUGGUAGUGCCACCCAAGCUACGGCCCCGGGUGAUCAACGAGCUACAUACAGCACACCCAGGGGUAGUGAGGAUGAAAAGCUUGGCACGGUCGUAUGUCUGGUGGCCAGGUAUUGACUCUCAGAUCGAGCUCCAGGCCAAAUCCUGCCACUCAUUCCAGCGUAGUCAGAGAGAACCGAGUCUUGCCCCUCUACAUCCAUGGAUGUGGCCUUCCAGUCCUUGGGAAAGGAUUCACGUGGACUUUGCUGGUCCAUUUGAAGGACACAUGUAUCUUGUGGUAGUAGAUGCUCAUUCUAAAUGGCCCGAGGUGCAAAUCAUGGAUAGCACCACAGCAAGCAAGACCAUCACAGUACUGAGGGGCCUUUUCAGUCGCCACGGCCUUCCUCACAUUCUCGUAAGCGACAAUGGACCCCAGUUCUGUUCUGAGGAAUUCGCCACAUUCCUGAAAGCCAAUGGAGUCAAGCACAUUCGCUCAGCGCCGUAUCACCCUGCUACGAACGGCCUGGCCGAGCGCUUUGUACAGACUUUCAAACACGUCUGGUACUACAUCCUUUGGUGUAGGAAUUUCUUUUUCCCAGAGGAACAUGGGACCAGUGAACCAGUUGGAUCAGACAGCUUCAAGCCCUUCUGUGUUCUCAGCAUAGGUGGCGUGGGACCCGGCUGCGCAGGACCCGAGGACCCCAGCCUGGACGAGCAGGACGGCAGUAGCCUGCUGUUUGAUGAGCCCAUCCCACUUCUGACACCAAUGUAG